UCCAAAAUGACAUACCAUUUACAGUUGAGACCGAUGCAUCUGAGUUUGCAAUCGGCUCAACCUUGUCACAAGCAGGACGUCCAGUAGCUUUUUAUUCGAAAACAUUAUCAAAAUCUGAAAAGAACCAUUCUUCUGUUGAAAAAGAAGCUCAAGCAAUCGUAGAAUCUCUUAAGAAGUGGAGACACUAUCUUAUUGGCCGGCCAUUCCUACUCAUUACAGACCAAAGAUCAGUUUCUUUCAUGUUUGACAAUAAAAGAUUUGGAAAAAUAAAGAAUGAAAAGAUACAACGUUGGCGUUUAGAACUGUCUUGUUUCAAGUAUGAUAUCGUAUAUCGACCAGGCAAGGAAAAUGGAGUUGCAGACACCAUGUCACGAUUGUGUGGAACGAUUUGUGGUCGUCCAAACUUAAAUGAUAUCCACACGAGCCUGUGUCACCCGGGAGUGACAAGAUUUUACCACUGGAUUAGAUCGAAAAACUUACCUUUUUCACUGGAAGAAGUUCGUCGUACUACAGCUCAAUGUCGAAUUUGUGCUGAACUUAAGCCUAGGUUUUGUAAAUAUGAAGGUACGUUAAUCAAAGCUACAGCACCUUUUGAGCGACUAAACUUAGACUUUAAAGGACCAAUUCCAAGUGCCACGCAAAAUAAAUACAUACUAACUGUUGUAGACGAGUAUCCACGAUAUCCAUUUGCUUUCCCCUGUAGAGACAUGACUUCCAGUACCGUGAUUGAGAAACUGAAAGAAAUGUUUACAAUUUUUGGUAUGCCUUCAUUCAUUCAUUCAGACCGAGGAACGUCAUUAAUGUCAGACGAAUUAAAGUCUUUCUUACAAACUCAUGGUGUUGCGUCAAGCCACUCUUCUGCUUAUAAUCCUAGAGGGAAUGGCCAAGUAGAGAGAUUCAAUGGCACUAUAUGGAAGACUGUUAUGCUUGCCCUCAGAACCCAAGACCUACCCGUAAAGUAUUGGGAAUCAGUUCUUCCUGAAGCACUUCACUCAAUAAGAUCAUUAUUAUGUACAUCAACCAAUACAACACCUCAUGAACUGAUGUUUAAGCACCCCAGAAGAUCGUAUUAUGGAGGUUCAGUUCCAAGCUGGCUGUCACAACCCGGCCCAGUUCUGUUGAGAAAGCACAACAGACCCAGCAAGUAUGACUCACUUGUAGAAGAGGUAGAACUUAUUCAAGCAAAUCCAGGUUAUGCUCAUGUGAAACUCCCAAAUGGACAAGAGAAGACAGUAUCCAUAAGAGAUCUGGCCCCAGCACCUGGACAACCAUCUUUAGAAACAGACUACCAAUUGCCAGAAACAUGUGGAAAUGAACAAGUUAUUCAAGAACCGGAGGUUUCAUUUGAUCAAGAACAAGUUGAAAAUGAUUCUAGUGGGACAUUAAGUGACACGAAUGUACCAGUUGAACAUGCAAACAGUUCUUGCAAAGACUCAAGUUCAGUGCCUUCCAAAACGCAUCCACAGCGUAUACGGCAAAGACCUUACUAUCUAAAAGACUACGUCUCGUUUUAG